AUGCUACAGGAUAGUGGUGGUAAACGAGAAUUUCGUUGGGAAUCGGGCUAUGAAAAAACAUGGAAUGCUAUUCGUGAAGAUGAGUCAGGACGUUUGGUGACAACACUGGAACAGUUAAUACACGAUGCACAUACACAAAUAAGAAAAAAACGCAGACGUAUUGGUGUUGGAUCUACCGGAUUUGUACGAUUAGGAAUGAUGAGGCAUUUAUUUCUCAUUAUUGAUCUAUCACAAGCAAUGAAUGAACAAGAUUUGAAACCGAAUCGUUUAAUAUGUACUAUAAAGGCCGCUUGUACAUUUGUUCGAGAGUAUUUCGAUCAAAAUCCUAUCAGUCAAUUAGGUAUUAUUGUCACUUCAGAUCGAAGAGCUGAACGAUUAACAGAAUUAUCAGGUAAUCCUAGACCACAUCUUGCCGCUUUGCAGUCACUUUACACACGUACAUGUAUUGGUGAACCUAGUUUACAAAAUGCUUUAUUAUUAGCUGAAUCCAGAUUGAAAUAUACAAUUCAUCAUAAUGAAGUUGUAGUAUUAAUGGCUAGUUUAACUACAUGUGAUCCAAGUGAUAUUCAUCAAACUAUUAAAAGUUUAUCAUCGAAUAGAAUACGUUGUUCUGUUAUAUCAUUAGCUGUGGAAGUAUUUGUUUAUCGUGCACUUGCUCAAUUUACACAAGGAACAUUCCAUGUUAUUAUGGAUGAAUUGCAUUUGAAAAAUGUUUUAAAAGAUUUAGUGCCACCUCCAGUGGCUGCUGUUGAAACUGAAGCCAAUCUCAUUCGAAUGGGCUUUCCACAUUCUGAAACUUUUGAUCUUGAUCGUUUCGCUAUUAAACGUUGUAUGUGUCAUUUAUCCAAUAAAUCAACAAACGAUAAAACUGAUACUACUACUACUACUACUACUACUACUAAUCCACAUUAUGCCUGUCCAAGAUGUCAUGCUGCAUAUUGUGAAUUACCAGUUGAAUGUAAUGUUUGUGGAUUAACAUUAGUGGCAGCACCUCAUCUUGCACGUGCUUAUCAUCAUUUAUUCCCAUUGGAUUUAUUUGAACCAGUAAAUGGUAAUGAUAGUUCUAGUGAAACAUUAUUAGAUAAUCAAGAAAAAUCAAAAGAAACUAUUGAUUCAGGAGAUAAUACUACUGAUCAUCAAUCACGUGUUUGCUUUGGUUGUAAUGUAUUGAUACCGUUGAAAAUUCCUGGAUAUCAAUGUCCUAAAUGUAAAUUUAUAUUCUGUCAUUCAUGUGAUGCUAUCCUACAUGAUUCUAUUCAUUCAUGUCCUGGAUGUUUAACUUUAUUAUGA